GGGGGUUGAAACGCUUCAACCGUAAAUAAGAGGCUUUGCAGUGGGGAAGACAUAUGAUAUGAUCAAUGGACUACAAUGUAUCAAUUUUCAAGUUUAUUUACAUACAAGAGAUAAAUUCUUAUGUGUACUACUUUUAAAAUUUGUGUUAUGGUAAUAGUGUCAGUGUAAAAAUGGAAAAUGAAACCCAAUCACUUUUAUCCGGAGUUGUAUCACAAAUAAACGGAAAUAGUGGCGAUAGCACCAAUUCGGCUACAUCAAUCGACUUAUCAACGUUCAGAGUACCAACAUAUGGGACAACCACUCACCCGACAAGCAAAUUAGUACCACCAGAUGAGCGAAUUACAUACAGCUGGAGCGAAAUUAAUGCCUUCGCUAAUGUUUCGCCAUCAAAAACCAAAUUUUUAAAUUUUAUAAAACGUAGAGAUUCCCCAGUUCAGAAAAAACACAUUUUAAAAAAUGUGUUUGGGGUGGCUUACCCGGGCGAGCUUUUAGCAAUCCUUGGAUCCAGCGGUGCCGGCAAAACGACCCUACUCAACACUCUAACCUUUCACACGACCUCGAAUUUGACCGUUUCCGGACUCCGGUGUGUAAACGGAACUCCGGUAUCAUCGAAAACUCUGGCCAGUCAAUCGGCUUAUGUCCAACAAGAUGAUUUAUUUAUCGGUACUUUGACAGUUAGAGAGCAUUUAAUUUUUCAAGCUUUGCUUCGAAUGGAUCGUGACAUUUCCUAUAAUCAAAGAAUGGCCCGAGUCGAGGAAGUUAUUUCGGAUUUGGCCUUGACAAAGUGUCAAAAUACCCAGAUCGGAAUUUUGGGCCGGAUUAAGGGGAUUUCAGGUGGUGAAAAGAAACGUCUCUCUUUUGCAGCUGAAGUUUUGACAAACCCGAAACUAAUGUUUUGCGAUGAGCCCACUUCCGGGUUGGAUUCCUUCAUGGCACUCACCGUCAUGCAAGUCCUUAAAGAAAUGGCAAUGACCGGAAAAACUGUCAUUUGUACAAUUCAUCAGCCCUCGAGUGAGGUGUAUUCCAUGUUUGAUAAGUUGUUGUUAAUGUCAGAGGGACGAACAGCGUUUUUGGGAAGCCCGGAAGAGGCCGAGACAUUUUUCCGGGAAAUUGAGGCCCCGUGUCCAAAAAAUUACAAUCCUGCCGAUUACUUCAUCCAACUUUUAGCCAUAGUCCCCGAAAAGGAAGAGUCGAGUCGACAAGCAGUUAACUUAAUUUGUGACAAAUUCGAACGAUCAAAUAUCGGGGUUAAAAUCGCACUCGAGGCUGCAACUGCUGAGAGAGAAGGGGGUUAUUACGAUAUUUGGAUAAAUGGUGAGAGUUUCAAGAGCCCGUAUAAAGCCUCGUGUUGGGCCCAAUUCAAGGCUGUUUUGUGGCGGUCCCUUUUGGCGGUUUUUAAAGAACCGCUUCUAAUUAAAGUCCGAUUACUUCAAACUCUUAUAAUUUCGCUCGUUAUUGGGGCGAUUUAUUUUGGGCAAGUUUUGAACCAGGAUGGUGUAAUGAACAUAAAUGGAGUGCUUUUCGUGUUUCUCACAAAUAUGACUUUCCAAAACGUUUUUGCCGUUAUCAAUGUAUUUAGUGGCGAGCUUCCCGUCUUCCUCCACGAGCACCGCAACGGCAUGUACCGUCCCAGUAUUUAUUUCAUCAGUAAAACUCUCGCCGAAUCUCCAAUUUUUAUAAUAAUCCCCGUCAUUUUAACAUCCGUUUGUUAUUUCAUGAUCGGAUUAAACUCGCAAGGCUUCCGAUUUUACAUCGCUUGUGGCAUUAUGAUCCUGGUUGCAAACGUUGCGAUCAGUUUUGGAUAUCUGAUAUCCUGCGUUUCCCGUAGCGUUUCUAUGGCUCUGUCAAUCGGACCUCCUUUAGUUAUUCCGUUUUUGCUGUUUGGGGGCUUCUUUCUUAACGUCAGCUCGAUUCCGGUUUAUUUUAAAUGGUUGUCGUAUCUGUCGUGGUUUCGAUAUGGAAAUGGGGCGCUGAUGAUCAACCAGUGGGAAAAUGUGACCAAUAUUCAGUGCCCAAAUGCGGAUUUACCCUGCCCCAAGGAUGGGCAUGUUAUUUUGGAGAUUUUUCAUUUUUCAGAGGCCGACUUCGUAAUGGAUGUGGUGAUGUUGGCGGUCCUCAUCAUCGGAUUUCGACUAGUGGCGUUUCUUGCGUUGAUAGUUAAGACUUAUCGGUUCAAAUAAUUCUACUGUACUAUUUUUAAUUAAUAAAAUUGUGAGAGAAUUUAA